AUGUCUAAUUUGAAUGGAUCUACAUCUAACAACACUCAGAGUCUGAUGGAUCAAUAUGCACCAAUGAAGGCAUUUUUGCUUGUGACACCAUGUGUUAUUUUCCUUUAUGUCAAUGGAGUCAUGAUCUUCACUUUGAGGAAAAAGACUGUUUUCCAGCAGACAUCUCGCUAUAUUCUGUUCGGUCAGAUGCUUUGGGUCGAUACUCUAAACCUUUUUAUGAGUGUGUUGUUGUAUUUAUGUGCUGUCAGUAGGAUUUUAAUUAUGAAGAAUGUCUGUCUUCUUCUUCUCAUUGCUGCAACAUCUCUCUAUCAGGUCUCUACUUUAAAUCUGUCAUUAAUGUCACUGGAGAGAUAUGUGGCCAUCUGUUUUCCUCUCAGACAUGUGGAAAUCACCAGUUUUGAAAGAACUCAUAUAGCUAUGGGUGUUAUUUGUAUCAUAGGUAUGCUUCAAUCUCUAUCUGAGACUAUUAUUUUUUAUUGCAUUGAUACUACAAACAUUGCAAUGAAUUUGUUCUGUUCAAGAACUACUCUUUUAAGGCUGCAGAUCUACAAUAAACUCGAUAUAGCUUUCACAAGCAUGUAUUUUGCUUUAUCAUGCUUUGUUAUAAUCUUUACCUAUGCCUCUAUAGCAGCUGUGGCUAAAACAGCUGCCUGUGAUAAACUGUCAGCCAAAAAAGCUAAUAAGACUGUUCUUCUGCAUCUAAUACAGCUGGGUCUUGGUGCAUCAUCCAUCUUAGCUGGAGUUAUCCAAGAAGUCAUUUUUGUUAAUACUGACUUAAUGACAGCGAUAAAUGUGAUGUAUUUUUGCUUUUUAGUGUUUAUAAUGUUCCCCAAAUGUCUAAGUCCUCUUAUAUAUGGUAUGAGAGACCAGGCUUUUAGUUGUAUAUUCUUAUAUUACUUUACAUUUGGUAAAGGUGGCACAGUUAAUCCAGUUAUCAAAAAGCAACACGCAUAG